GAUCGAAAUUUCUAUUCGAACUCUGCAAAAUAGGCUGUCAGAAUAUGGGUUGAAAAGAAGAGGUACAGAUACCCCCAAUGCAGUCGUUUAUGAAGCAGUCCAACAAGAAUUAGAUGGUCCUGGAUGUAUGAGAGGGUAUCGUGCGAUGUGGCACAGUCUCCGUCUAAAAUAUGGAAUUCAAACGCCCAGAAAUAAUGUCGAAAGAAUUCUGCGCGAAAUCGAUCCAGAGGGAACCGAAUUAAGAAGAACUCGUCGACUUAGAAGAAGAUCCUAUGUAAAUCCUGGGCCUAACUUUGCGUGGCAUGUAGACGGGUAUGACAAGCUAAAGCCGUAUGGUUUUCCGAUUCACGGUUGUGUGGACGGGUUUAGUCGUCGUGUUAUGUGGUUGAAGGUUUGUCGAACAAACAACGAUCCAUCACAUGUUGCAUCGUUUUUCUACGAGUGCGUGAAAAUAACCAAUGGUUGCCCAAGAAUAUUACGAACUGAUUGCGGCACCGAGAACGGAGUCAUGGCUUCAAUGCAGUGUUACCUUCGUGCCCCAGGAAAUGACAACCAAGCAGGUUUAAAUGCACAUGUAUAUGGAUCGUCGCAUUCCAAUCAACGCAUUGAAAGAUGGUGGUCAUUCCUUCGCCACGACAGAUCCACAUGGUGGAUAAAUUUCUUAAAGGAUUUAGUGGAAAGAAAUGUUGUUAAUACCGCAAAUGAAACAAGCAUGGAAUGCCUUUGGUUUUGUUUCAAAGAUAUUUUACAGGCAGAUCUUGAUUCGGUAAAAGAUAAUUGGAACAGCCACUAUAUCCGCAGAUCCCGAUAUGACACCAUCCCAGGGAGGCCAAACGAGCUGUAUUAUUUACCUGAAAAUAGCGGCUACCAAGAUUACAAGUGUGUCGUUUCUGAAGAAGACCUUUGCGAUAUGGCUGAAUACUGUGAAUUGUAUGAUGACGAUGAUGGUGAUGAUAGCAUAUAUGAUGAAUACUUUAGUUAUCUCGUGGAAAACAAUAAUUUAACACUACCAUCAAACUGGAGGGAAGCAUUAUUGUUAUACAAUAACUUGAUGCAUUUCGCAUAAACACCACUGAUCGAUGUACUUAUAUAUGCGAACAUUACAAUUUGUAAUUUACAAUUAAUUAAUAAUAUCAUUUUUGAAGAAAACAUCGCCUCAUCGACGACGCAGGCUAAUCUCGGGUGGAAGAAAAUUAGUUUCAUACUCGUUGAAUCAAAAAUGGAUUUUUUUAAAUUUGAAUAAAACAACUUACAACUAUUCACAACCGUAUGACAUAGCCAUAAGCAUAGUAAUCAGUUAAGUAACUUGUAACUAUAU